AUGUUUAAUUCAAUAAUUAUUAAUCUAUCCCCUAUUUUCCUCCUAUUUUUAAUUUUACAAUAUUCCGAUUCAGCAAAACAAUGCUACUCUGGCCAGAACAAACGCUAUGUUCAAAAACAGUGUUCUAGUGGAAGUUUGGAUAUUGACUAUGUUUGUCAUAAAUAUUCUUGCGAGGAAGGGAGAUGUAAGUUUACAAACUUGAAAAUGCUUAUAAAUAAUAUUGGAAAAAAUAAACUUGGAAAAAAUAAACCUAAAUUACAAUUAAUCGAACCUUAA